UUGAAGGGGAAAGGGUCUGUGAAUGGCGGUGAAGAAAAUGAAGUGGAGAUCCAUUUUCUCCACCUGCUGCGAGGUGGCGUCGCCGUCGUCGUCGGAGGUCAUCAAACCGGUGCCGCCGAGUAAGCCCGGUUCCUUUGGAAGGAUUCCCAAACUGGAUUUAACCAACCCUAACUCCACCCUCUCUGAGGACCUCUCUAUCUCUCUCGCCGGAUCUGACAUCCACGCCUUCUCCCUCGCCGAGUUGAAGCUCGUCUCUCAGUCAUUUUCCUCCUCCAACUUCCUCGGAGAGGGUGGCUUCGGCCCUGUCUACAAAGGCUUUAUCGAUGAUACUCUUAGACCUGGCUUGCUCCCUCAGCCCGUCGCUAUUAAACUCCUCGAUUUGGAUGGAACCCAAGGCCACAGGGAGUGGCUGACGGAGGUGAUUUUCCUAGGGCAACUUAAGCACGCCCAUCUCGUCAAGCUCAUUGGUUAUUGCUGCGAAGACGAACACCGGAUGCUUGUCUAUGAGUAUAUGCCCAGAGGAAGCUUGGAGAAUCAGCUUUUCAAAAAAUAUUCGAUCCCAUUGCCGUGGUCGACGAGAAUGAAGAUCGCUCUUGGAGCUGCGAAGGGUCUGGCGUUCCUCCACGAAGCAGAUAAACCAGUAAUUUACCGAGAUUUCAAAGCUUCCAACAUACUGCUCGAUUCUGAUUAUACUGCGAAACUGUCUGAUUUCGGUCUGGCCAAAGACGGUCCAGAAGGAGACAACACGCACGUCUCCACUCGAGUAAUGGGCACGCAUGGAUAUGCAGCGCCGGAGUAUAUAAUGACUGGGCAUUUGACGGCGAUGAGUGAUGUAUAUAGCUUCGGAGUAGUGCUUUUGGAGCUGCUAACAGGGCGGAGGUCGGUGGAGAAGAGCAGCCGUAAGAGGCAGCAGAACUUGGCAGAAUGGGCAAGGCCGAUGCUGAACGAUCCCAGGAAGCUAAGCCGUUUAAUAGACCCGAGACUUGAAGGCCAAUACUCUGAAAUGGGAUCUCAGAAAGCAGCCUCAUUGGCGUACCAGUGCUUAAGCCACCGCCCAAAGCAGAGGCCCACCAUGAGCGCCGUCGUGAAGGUAUUAGAGCCACUCAAGGAUUUCGAUGACAUUUCUGCAGGCACCUUCGUUUACACGGUUGUGUCCCAAGACGAUGCCCGCAAGAAACGAACGGGAAAUUGUAGUGCAGAAGAAGCCAUUCCAUCCACCUGAGGAGGAUGAACAGCCGAAUUCAAUUGAGAUGUGAAUCAUGAUGCGCUCAACUGUAGAUACACAAUUAGCAGAGGAUUUGGUUGGUUUUUGUUUGAAAUUAAAGCGCCGCCACUGGGUUUGUUCUUGUUGGCACUGGAAGGGAUCAUAGUUAAUCGGCAUGCCAUGAGAGAUGAGUUGCUUCAAUUUCCUCCUCAACGCACGGAUCUAGCGCAUUAAUUAGUUAAUUAAUUGAGUGUGGUGUGCUGUUCUGUGCUGUGUUAUAAUACUCGAUUUUUAAACAAGAAAAGAAAGAAAAGAAAAGAAAAGACCCAUUCAAAUCAA